AAGCUCUAAAAACUAAAAAUAAAACCCUUAAUGACGAAAAUAAAAAUUUACAAAAUAUCGAUGAAAAAUGUAAAAAACUCGUUGAAGAAAAUGAAAAACUUUCUUUAUUGAACAAAGAACUAACGGAAAAAAAUGACAAACUUGUUUAUGAAGUACACGGAAAUAAAAAUAAAAAACUAGAAAAAGAAAAUGCUCAAAUAUUAAAUAAUAGUCGAUAUGAGAAAUUAUUAAAUACAAACCAAGAACUACAAAAAGAAAACGAAAUUGCUACUUAUCAAAAUGAAAGAUUAACUAACGAAAAAGAACAAUUUGUAAAAAAAAUCUGUGAAAAAAGAUUGGAAUAUGAAGAAAAAGAAAAAAAAUAUACUAUCUUGGAUGAAAAAAUAGAUAUUAUAUUGGAUAAUUUUAGUUUCGAAGUAGUCUUUCCGCUAAAUGAUACUGAAGAAAAAAUGGAAAAAAUUGUUGAAUUAUGCGAUAAAAUUACACAAAUCAAUUAA